UUUGAAUAAGAUCAUUUUCUUCUGAAAUCCGAGCCACGUUAACAUAGUUUUUAUUUAAAUAUUUAAAUAAUUUAAUUAUAAUCUGCACUUUUAAACUUUAGUCGUCCGCAGGAUGACAGUCCUACUAAUAAUUUUAAUGUGGCUGGUGACGUGUCAAGCAGAAUUCAAUGAUGAGAUGCAAUUUUUCGAUCCUGAAUGUCUCGUGGAGGGUGCCUUUUUCUGUCUCGGCGGAGGUUGCAUAUCUCAAGAUAAAUAUUGCGAUGGUAAUCGCGAUUGUGAGGAUGGAAGUGAUGAGAAUUUUUGUAUAAACCACGCUCCGGAUGCUUUAUACUGCAAUGAGACGCACCAAUUCCUGUGCGGGGACGGACACAAGUGUGUGCCAAGUUCCUGGGUGUGCAACAACGAGACGGAUUGUAAUGAUGGCAGUGAUGAGGUCAACUGCACUAUGCCAAUUGAACAUGAAAACUCUACUUGCAAAGGAUUCCUCUGCGACGGUGGCAAGCGGUGCAUAUCGCAAUACUGGACCUGUGAUGGUCAUUAUGAUUGCGAUGAUAAAACUGAUGAAGACUUUACAAAUAACUGCCGACAUACAUAUCACUCAAAUUUUUUAGGCGAUGUUGUGCCAUGUGAUAAAAAAGAGAAAAGUUCUUGCUUGGACAACUCAUAUUGCUUGUCCCUUGGUCAUAUGUGUGAUGGUCUAGAAGAUUGCCGAGACGGUAGCGAUGAAGGAAAGUUUUGCAACCACUGGCACAACCAGUGCAGAAACUUCACUUGUCCAAAAAGUACAAAAUGCAAACCACGACGGACGGGACCCACCUGUAUGUGCCUUGGCUCUGCAAUCUUCAACGAUACCAGCAAGCGAUGCGAAUUGAUAAACGAAUGCGAGCAUCUAAUGCCUGUUUGUUCCCAAAAGUGCCAUAACGGAGCAGGCUAUUAUACAUGCUCUUGCGAAGAAGGAUAUUCCAUGGAUACAAUCAGUAAAUACUUGUGCUUCGCUCCAGAUCCGGAGGCGUUAUUGUUUUUUAGUACAAAAAAUGAUAUUCGUUACGUGAAAGUGAAGUCCAAAGAAGAGGUCAUUGUUGCGACAGGAAUCAAACAGGCUCAUGGUGUAUCCUAUGAUGGUAAUUAUCUGUAUUGGGUAGAGACGGCAAAAGGUCACCAGGCAAUCAUGAGGGCGCAGCUGCAUAACAUGGCUGAGUCCAAACAGGUCUUAGCAGCUUUCGGUAUAGAAGACCCAGGAGACAUAGCAGUGGACUUCCUCGGAGACAACAUAUACUUCAGCGAUACGGCGCGAGGGAUCAUCUCAGUGUGUCGGUCAGACGGCUCACUGUGUACCACUUUACCAGCAAACACGAAAAACCCUAGAUUUGUCACCUUAGAACCUAAACAAGGACUUAUGUACUGGGCUGAUUGGCAUGAUAAGGCAGUUAUCAUGUCAGCUAGGAUGGAUGGUUCUCAAUCAGAUAUCCUCGUCGGAAACUUAAGUUCCUUCGCCACAGGCUUAGCUCUGGACUCUUUAAAUGGAAGACUAUACUUUGUGGAUCGGACAGUCAAAGUGGUUAGGUUGAAGGACAAGGUUGUAUAUUUCUUAUUCCAAGAGCCGUUCCACCACCCAUACUCGUUGGCCGUGUUCGAGAACACAGUUUAUUGGAGCGACUGGACAACGAACACCAUCCUGACGGCAGACAAAAUCCACGGCACCUCGUUCAAUAGAAACGUACUGCUUCGAUUGGAUAUGCCUGUGUUUGAUAUGCACCUCUACCAUCCAAUUCUGAUGAAAAAUACUCAAAACCCAUGUAACCACAACCUGUGCGCCAUCUGUCUGGUCACCUCCAACACGACUCACGUGUGCGCUUGCCCUGAUACGAUGGAAAUGAUAGGAAAUCGUUGCCAGGUGCGCGCGGGCGAGCGGCCGCAGUUCGUGCUGGUGGGCGCGGGCUCGCACGUGACGCGCGUGCGCCGUGACGUCAUCGGCAACCCGGAGCUGCACGACACGCAUCUGGACGUCGACCGGCUGCAAGCUCUUGCCUACGACAACUACAGAGAUACCCUAUACAUAUAUGACAGUCAGCAAAAAUCUAUCAACUACAUGAAUUUGAGCGACUUUACGCUCGGGAUUACGCAUGUACUCAUGAACAAGGGGUUAGAAAACGUCGUCGACAUGGAUUAUGAUUUCGUAUCGGACACUCUGUACAUACUGGACGCUGGUCGUCGUCUCAUAGAAGUAGUUUCCCUGAGUACCAGACACAGCGCGAUAAUCUACUAUUUUACACAUGAAGAGAUACCGAUGAGUCUCUGUUUGUUGCCUGACUAUGGGAAACUUUUGGUCGCUGUUCUGGAGAGUGAUGAAAACAAUGAAAUCCACAUAGACUCCAUAGCACUGGACGGCGAAGACAGGCAACACGUUCUCUUAAACAAUAUUAUUGGUCCGAACAUUCGAAUCCGCUAUUCUCCCGACUUGAAUCUUGUAUACAUAUCUGAUGAAGGCAGAGGGGUCAUAGAUGUCAUGCAUCCUGAAGGCAAAGGCAGAGAGGUAUUCAGAGAAGUGUUAACAACUAUCGGUAGUGUGGCUUCGACAAGCACGCACUUGUUCUGGACAGACCGACACUCGUCUAGACUGUACUGGGCGGACGUUCACGAAGCUACACAUAGGAUACGGCGAAUUGAAUUAUCAAUAUUCCCGAACGACACAAACCUGCACGUGCUCGCGACCUCACUCCCCCCGCGGGGCGCGCUCGCGGCUCACGCAUGCUCUGCGGGCGGCGCGCCGUGCUCGCACGUGUGCGUCCAGACGCGCAACGGGAACACUUCUGGGCAUCGCUGUGUGUGCUCGCCCGGAUUCAAGAUGGUGAACGGAGACUGCUUGGAAAUUAUACACUGUCGCUCCGACGAGUUGUACUGCCACAGGAGCAAUCAGUGCUUCCUGAAGACUGCGAAAUGUGAUGGGGUCAAGGAUUGCAAGUAUGGGGAGGACGAAGAAGGGUGCGCUGCACCCGUAACACAGUCUCCACUAUUUUGUAAACAUGAUCAAACGAACUGCCACGGUGUCUGUAUAUCGAAGAACGAUGUUUGCAAAGGAAAUACAAGCGUGGUGUCUUGCGCGCAGUGGGAGUGGGCGUGCGCGUCGGGCGCGCUGUGCGUGUCGCGCACGCUGGCGUGCGACGGGCGCGCCGACUGCCCCGACGGCUCCGACGAGAGCCCCGCCGCCUGCGACACCGGCACCUGCUUUCGCACCGAGUUUAUGUGUGGAUCCGGCAACUGCAUCCCAAUCACUUGGCACUGUGAUGGUGGGGAAGACUGCGCUGACGGUUCUGACGAAAUAAAUUGUGAGAGCAAUGAGUAUCUUUGUCCAGAACAUUUGUUCCAAUGCAAAAAUAACACUUGCAUAGAUUUGUCCAAGCGUUGCGAUGGCAAGUAUGAUUGUGAGGAUCAUGAUGAUGAGGAUGACUGCGACAUUUCGGAGUUGUUUGAAGAGUCGGAAAACCUGCUGACGUGUAUGCCAUGGGAGUACGCGUGCGAACACAACAGCAGCAUCUGUUUGCCCAUGACAGCUCGAUGCAACGGAAAGGUGGACUGUCCGGGCGGAACGGACGAGACUGGCUGCUACCUGCACUGCUUAUCGUACAGGGGGUCUUACUAUUCCUGCAAGCAGGAGUUCAUGUGCUUAUCACAACGCCGCUGGUGUGAUGGACAUACGGACUGUGGGGACGGCUCCGACGAAACCGCGGAGGCGUGCGCGAUGAUGAACAAAACCCUGCCCGUCGACUUGUCCCACCAAGUGGAGAGUUGCAGUAAGGGCUACCGCUGCGACAGCGGGCAGUGCGUGGAGUGGACGCGCGUGUGCGACCGCGUGCGCGACUGUGCGGACGGCUCCGACGAGGGGAGACUCUGUGAAAGUCCGUGCGCGCGGGACACGUGUGAGCACUCGUGCCAGCCCAGCCCACGCGGUCCGCACUGCACGUGUCCUCACGGGUACACCGUGAACGGAAGCAAGUGUCACGACGUGGACGAGUGCGCUCUGAGCACGUGCUCGCAUGUGUGUCACAACUUGCCCGGUUCCUUCGUGUGCUCAUGCCACGCGGGGUACGCACUCAGAUCCGAUCGUCGUUCCUGCAAAGCUGUUCGCGGCCGUCUCUCCGUGCUCUAUACCAAAAAGAGUUCCGUGUGGUCCAUGACCAAUCACAUCCACAGCCUUCGGUAUCACGACAAGGAUGAUAAAGAGAUCAGCGAUAUUGAUAUCGCUGUCAGGAGUGGGAAAAUGUACGUAGCAUCAAGUCAAACUGGUAAGCUGGUCGAGGUGAACUUACAUGACAAAGGAUCAGAAUUUGGUGUGAUCACUAACGUCGGGGUCCCUUCCAAGGUGUCAGCGGACUGGGUGACAGGUAACUUGUACUUCAGCGACGGUCACGGCCACGUGCGCGUGUGUCACUUCCGGCGCCGGCGGUGCGCGCACGUACUACAGCUGCCUUCCGCGGCAAAGGUGACCGCCCUGGUAGUUGACCCGGCGAACUAUAAAAUGUUCUUCUGCGUCAGUGAGGGAACAGAAGCCAUCGUACGAUCUGCCUCUCUCUCAGGCAAGAAUGUAUCAGACCUGACUUCAGUGGCAAGCUGUUCUGGUCUCGCUGCUGAUUCCUUCUCCAAGAUUGUGUACAUCGCAAGUGAUCCUUCAAGUAUAAUGCAAGUGGAUUAUGAUGGUAAAGUGAUGAUGACCAUCUUCUCCAAUAAUCCCACCAUCCAUUCUCCCCAACAUCUCGCGCUGUUCGAAGAUCACCUAUACCUCCUCAGUGGCACCCAUCUAAUUCGCUGUCUACUGUUCAGCUCCAAGACUUGCACCCCCUACAGCCAUUUACCUAAUGGCACCGCAUUCGUGAUCCAGCACGAGAGCGUUCAGAGGGAUGACGUCCACGAUGACUGCGAAACGAUCACUUGUUCCAAUAUUUGCGUGAUAGAGUCAAUGGGUCCACAGUGCGUUUGUCACGACGGGACCUGGACUAGUGAUGGGACGUGUCCACUGGUCGAGGAUAGUGAACUGGCGCGGUUCGAAGGUGUGGUGAUAGGAACGAGCUCUACACGCGCAUUGCCUGUUGUGGUGGUGACGUUGGUAGUGAUUCUCUUCGCUCUUUACGUGUGUCUGUUCGUGCGUCGGCUCACGAAGAAGAAAAAUGCAGCAAACUAUAUGCAAGUGCGGUACCAGAAUACUCCGGAGGGAAUGACCCAUCUGUCAAACCCCAUUUUAGAUAUGCCGGAAGCCGGUUACAUUAUCAACGGCAUGGGACAUGAAUUUGUAAAUCCACUACAAUUUGUAAGAAACAUGUGGCAAGAGUCCUUCCAUAAGAAAUCUAAGCCUAUUGGCACAUCAGGUUUAUCAUUUGAUACACAUCAAGAUCUCUCCGAUACAGAGUCUGAUUUAGAUGUGAGAGAAAGCAGAAGAAUGAUCAAAGAAUAAAUCUUUAAUAAUUAUCUUCUGGUGGUCAGAAUGUUGUAAAUAUGUUAUCAAUACUAAUAGUAAUAAUAAAAAAUGUUUAUUUGUUUGUAUGUAGAGAUAAUCUUCGGAACUAAUGAUCUAAUUCUAAAAAAAAAUCACUGGUGGAAAGCUAUAUUAUUACUGAGUGAUAUAGGGUAUACAUUAUAUUUAUAACAUAUAAUUUUAUUUGUUAAUAAAUUUAACCCUUGCGAAGCCGGGGAAGGUCGCUAUGACACGCCAACAAAUGGACGACUUUCGCUCAAAUGUUAACGGGAAUAGAAACGAAACGAAUGUAGAGAGAAGAUAAUCGCAAAAUAAAACCGACGUUGGUAUCCCUUUGGUUCAAUCUCAGUAUGAUGGCUGAGGGUGUUACCACACCAAUCGAUCGAUCGUCGCUCGAUGUGAAUAAAUUGAUGUCAUUUUUAGCCGUUCGAUAAAAUAUCGGAUCAAACGGCAAUUGAUCAAUUAUUCUAGAAUAAUAGAGUACUAACAAAUUUUCACUUUAUCGCAAUGGAAUCGCAAUUUAAUCGUUGAUGUCUAGCAGUUUUCCUAUAUUACUUGCGAUCCAAUUGCGGUUCGGUCGAAAUUUUCUCGGAAUAAAGUCGGGAAUGUAUUGUAACUGUUAUAAAAUGUAUCGAUGAUUUGUUACAGUAAAUAUUGUAAAUCGACGUCGACUCAAUAAUCAACGAUCGAUCGUUUGAUGUUGUAACAAAUCGUCGAUCGACAGUAACGCGUUUGACGUCACUCAUUUGAGCUUAUGCUAAAUAUUAUUCAUGUCAUUUUCAAAUGUUGUUCUACUAUUUAAUAAGAAAUUUUAUAUACAGCACUACCAAUUCAAAAUUACAGUUUUAUAACAAUCUUUUUUUGUGUGGCAGUCAACGUGUUAACUUACUAUUCGACCAUAGAUCGAUAGGUUUGAGAACACCCAUAUGUACUUAAAAAAAUAAUUACGAUUUAUAUUUUUGUAAUUUAUUAUUGUUUUAAGUUUACUGACUAUGUAGAACACUUUUUUCGUUUAGUCCAUUUGUUGGUAGGUCAGUGGUAAUAUUAUAUAUGAUAUAUGAAUAAGCUAAUACCAGUUGGUAUUUGAGCUGUAAAUUAACUGUUAAAAUGAGUUAAUUAUGUAAGAGCAUAAUUAAAACUCUUUUGUUCAUUAAUACUGUAAUUGUAUGUAUUAAAAUAAAUAAUAAUUCAUGUUUUGUUAUUUAUAUAACUUUUUUUAAUUAAAUACUCUUUCAAUGAGGAAUAAAAUAUUUAUUACAAAUUAAAAUAAAAUGAAGUCAAAAUAUGUACAGUAGUUGUAACUGGAAUAGAUGCGUUACAUAAAGAACUUCUUUCUUGCUUCAAUGUUUUCAAUGUGGAAUAUAAAUAUUUCGGAUUAUUAAAAUAAAGGGAAUAAAUGUAGUGGUCAAGAUAGAUUGAAAAAUAUAAUAUGUGUUUUAGAAAUUUGUGAGUUUGAUUCAUUUGUAUAAUUUGUAAAUAUGUAAUACAAUUUAUAAUAGGUUGUAUUAACACAAUAUAAAAUAAUUUUAAUUCUUCAUUGUAAAUUGUUAUUAAUAUAUAUUUAUUGUUUUAGGCUCAUCAUUAAUGAUCAAUGUACAUAAUGGCCAAAUUCUGUGAUAUAAUAAAUGCUUAUUC